GUCUAUAGAAAUUGUCCUAUUUGCAUCUUGCAUAAAAUAUUGCCUUGUGAUCUUGUUGAGUUGAACAUGGUCGAUUUUGAUGUUGUUCUUGGGAUGGAUUGGUUGCAUGCAUACUAUGCUUCCAUUGAUUGUAGAACCCGUAGGGUCAAGUUCCAAUUCCCAAGUGAACCCAUUCUUGAGUGGGAGAGCCAAAAUGUGGUAGUCAAGGGUAGGUUCAUCUCUUGCAUUAAAGCCCGUAAGUUGAUCUCUAAGGGGUGUCUCUAUCACCUUGUGAGGGUUAGGGAUGUGGAGUCCAAAACCCUUCCUAUAGAGUCGGUUCCGAUCGUAAAUGAAUUCCUUGAUGUCUUUCCUAAUGACCUUCCCGGUGUUCCUCCCGAAAGGGAAAUAGAUUUUGGCAUAGACCUCCUCCCCGAUACUCAACCCAUUUCUAUCCCCCCUUAUCGUAUGGCCCCGGCGGAGUUAAAGGAGUUGAAGGAACAAUUGAGGGACUUGUUGGAGAAGGGUUUUAUUAGGCCUAGCCAAUCACCAUGGGGUGCACCGGUGUUGUUUGUGAAGAAGAAAGAUGGGUCCCUUAGGAUGUGUAUUGAUUACCGGCAACUCAAUAGGGUCACCAUCAAGAAUAAAUAUCCUCUUCCUAGGAUUGAUGACUUGUUCGACCAAUUGCAAGGGGCUAGCCACUUCUCUAAGAUUGAUCUUCGGUCCGGGUAUCAUCAAGUGAAGGUGAGGGAGUGUGACAUUCCCAAGACAGCCUUCCGGACUAGGUAUGGGCAUUAUGAAUUUGUGGUCAUGUCCUUUGGGUUGACCAAUGCACCGGCUAUCUUCAUGGACCUAAUGAAUAGGAUCUUUAAACCCCACCUUGAUUCCUUUGUUGUGGUCUUCAUUGAUGAUAUUUUAAUCUAUUCGCAUAGCGAGGAAGAACAUAUGGGUCACUUGAGGGUUGUGUUGCAAAGAUUGAGAGAGGAGAAGUUGUAUGCCAAGUAUGAAAAGUGUGAAUUUUGGUUGAGGGAGGUUGCCUUCCUAGGUCAUGUGGUGUCGGGGGAUGGUAUUAAGGUAGAUCCUAAGAAGACCGAUGUGAUUAGAAAUUGGCCUAGGCCAUUGACCCCGUCGGAUAUUAGGAGCUUCUUGGGCUUAGCGGGUUACUAUCGGAGAUUUGUGAAUGGGUUUUCUUCUAUUGCUUCUUCCAUGACUAAGUUGACACAAAAGAAGGCUAAGUUUGAGUGGACCGACGAGUGGGAGAAGGAGGAGUUGGCUUCCUACCAAUUGAAAGAUGUGGCCCAAGUGUGGUUCACUCAAUGGAAAGCCAAUAGGCCGGUUGAAGCGGGUCAUAUAGCAUGGGAGGAGUUUAAAAGAGCUUUCCUUAGUAAGUACUUUCCCUGUGAGAAGAGGGAGGUUAAGGUUGAGGAGUUUAUAAACCUUAGGCAAGGUACUAUGAGUGUGGAGGAGUAUUCCUUGAAGUUUACCUUACUGUCUAAAUAUGCUCCAUCCUUGGUGUCUAACCCUAGAGAUGAGAUGAGUAGAUUUGUUACCGGUGAGUCCAAACUUAAGAGGAUGGGUAGAGAUUUGAAGAUAGGUAGAUCCGAUGAGCAUGGUCAAUCUAGGUCCAAGAAGAGGUCUUUCAAUCGAGAUUCCUCAAUGGUUAGCAAUGAUAGGGUGUCUAACCCUAAAUCUCAAGGAGGGAAUGGAAGUGGUUCUUCAUUUGAAAGGCCUAAAUGUGCCACAUGUGGGAAGCAACAUUUGGGUAAGUGUCUUGCUGGCACGGAUGGGUGCUUUGGGUGUGAAAAGAAGGGGCAUAAGAUGAGGGAUUGCCCAACACUUUCGGCAAAAGAGAGAGAGGCCAAAAAACUUCUCUUGAUGGCCCGGAUCUUGAUGUUCCAAAGAGAAACUGUUUCCAUGUGCUUCAAGCUAACAAGGAAAAAGGAGCUUAUCCAGAUGAAGGUAUCGAUCUGGUUUUUUUCAGUUUCCCCCUUCCCUCUUUCUCUCUUCUCCUCUCUUCUUCUCUCUAAACUGCCACCAGACGCCGCUGCUCUCCCUGUUGCUGCCGCCGCCGCCCUCCCUGUUGCUACCACCCUCGCAGGUCCUGGAAAUGCCACUAACCUCCCUACUGUGUCGUGA